AUUUGCUUAAGGUCAGUUGACAGUGAUAAAUUGUUUAUGAAUGUAAUCCCUUAAGGCUGGACUGUUAUUUCUUAUCCUGAGAAAAAUUAAACAAAAGUAAUCAGAAAAUGAAAUUAAAUGAACAGAAAAAAAUAAUAUGCCAAGGAAAUGUGUAAUAAUAUGGCAGAGUUUAUUGCAAAAUAUUGGAAAAGCUCUAUUAAAUGGUAAUUAUAACUGUGCAACUACUUGAUUCAUAAUUAUAGCCUUGAGCCCAAGCACUCACUUAAUAUUCAGAUCAACAAGUUGACCUUACCAAUCUUGUUCAUAUUUUCCUGGAGGCAGCUGUUGAGUUAGACUGCACCACCCUGACGUCUGCUGAUACUAAUAACUGUAAGGUGGCAAAACUUGAAUAUUCUUGUUGCUUGAAGACGGUUACUAUUGCGUCUUAAUAUUAAGUGUAAGAGGUGUUUUUCUUCUACUGAUUAAAAGUGCUUCAUACAGUAACAAAGAACGACAAGAGAUCAAUUGUUUUGGCAAAGAAGAGGUGAUAAAGAAGAGGAGAAAUCAUGAAAAUAAGAUUAGGAGUUGCUGUUUACUUUUUCAUCUUUGUCCCCAGCCACUUCUGUUAUGCACAAAAGGAAGAGGACUUUCUUUCCCCUAGUCCCCCAGCUUUGUGUCAUCGGCCAGCUGACCCUGGACCCUGUAGAGCGCUUCUUGAGCUUUGGUUUUACAACUCUGCUACCAAGGCAUGUCACACAUUUUUAUAUGGGGGUUGCCGUGGAAACCUGAACAAAUUUUGGAGUAAAGAAGAAUGUGAGCACAUGUGCAAAAGAAAGGAGACAGACAAAGCAACAGUAAAGAAACUCCUGCCUCCUGCUCGCUGUAUGCAGGAGAUGGCAAGCGGUCCUUGCAAGGGAAGAUUUCAGCGAUGGUAUUUCAACCAGACAACAUGUCAGUGUGAUAUGUUCUACUUUGGCGGCUGCUGGGGAAAUAACAACAACUUCGUGACAGAGCAGGAGUGUGCAAGCAUCUGUGUCACCGACAAGACAUGCCCAGGGAGUAAGAUAGUCGAUAACUCUAACCAUGAUGGAUCUCUUGUGACGUCCAGCUGCAAGUAUCUCAACAUGGCUAACAGCGCCUGCCGCACACCUGUGAAUUAUGGCACAUGCCGAGAGUCGCACCCUCGUUACUUUUACAACCCCCAGACUUGCAUGUGUGAGAUGUUUACCUGGGGUGGCUGCUCUAAAGGAGACAACCAUUUUGAAACAAAGGAUGACUGUCAGAUGUCAUGUGAACAUGCAGAUUGCGACAUGGAGAUUCAUGUUGGACCACGGAACUGUACAGACCACUACAUGAUACGCUAUGGGGUAGUCCAGGGGACCAUUGGACCAGUCAGGAACCGGGACACUCUUAGUUGCCAAGCCUUUAUCUACAGUGGGUGCAGCAUGACCCCUUAUCGAGGAAACAACUUCAAAACUGUCCAGGAAUGUAGAGAUAAGUGUCUGUGAAGAAUCCAGAAACCAAAGAGACAAAAAUACUUUCCAAGAAUUAUAUCAUUGAAGACUAGACUAGUCUAAGCUAAGCUAGGUUAAACAAGACUGUUAGAACAUUUACUGAUCCUAUGUAUUCCACAAAGAUAACCAUGUUGCAAAUGGUGUUAGAAAUAGGAAAAUUACCAAACUUUUUUUUUGACUUUUUGCGAGAAAACCAUAUGAAAAAGGAUUGUUUAUUUGAAAAUGGAAAGCAUGCUUUCACAAUAAGUCAAUUUUAGUAUUAUGUCUUUUAUAUACAUUUUGAUUUUUUUGGAAUCAAGUAACCCUUGCAGUAAGUGUAUUCUCAAUGAAAUGUGAGAGUUGUUUUUGUUAAAUAUUGUAAGCAAGCACAUUUUUGCUGGAGGACAUAAUAUACAUUAUGUGAACAAGCACAACACUGCUUGUUUCUUGGUGUGUUUUAUAUAUUAAUACAUGUAUAUAAGAUAUCAUACCCAGAUGCAUUGUAGAGUGAAUUAUUUGAUUAAUAAUUUUAAAACAUCUGUAAUUUUUAAUUUAAAUGGUACCAUUAAGAUACUUUGUGUUCUAAUAUUAUCACACUUUACCUGCAAAAUCCCCAAUAUGUUUUUAAAAACAUUUUAGGAAAAUAUUUCAUUAUAUGUGAUAGAGCUCAGUAGUACAUGUAACACUUAAUAGGGCAGUUUUAUUUGUCUCUUUAAACAGGUGAAUUGAAUAAUGCUUCUGCACAUCUCAUCACAUAGAAGUAAGUUUCAUUGCAAAUAUCUGGAAUUUAAAUUGAUGAGAGAAAAUCUGUGGAAAUCUUUAA